GAGAUUUCGCCGUACAAAAUAUUUUCGCCAAUCGAAAACUGUGUAACUAAUGUAUCCUAAAAUAGGCAUCCCGCGAAUUGCCCAUCAAUCACGCAUGCACUCUAUUGUAAACUUCCGGCGAUUUUUUGUUACGAGAUGUCAGAAUACUGGAAAUCGCAACCUAGAAAAUUUUGUGAAUACUGUAAAUGUUGGAUAACAGAUAAUAAACCUAGUGUUGAUUUUCAUGAGAAAGGAAAAAAGCAUCAAGAAAAUGUUAAAAGAAAAAUUGAUGAAGUAAGAAAAAAGGGAAUAACAGAUGCAAAGAAACAGGAAAAAUUGGAAGAUGACCUUGAAAAAAUGGAAAAGGCUGCCUUGGAGGCUUUUAAAAAAGACCUUGCCAGUGAUCCAGAACUUGCUGCCAAGUAUGGCGUGAGGGUCAGGUCAGAAGCUGAAAAAGAAGCUGAAAAAACAAAGAAAGAAACAGCGGCAGAUAUUGCAAGACAGAAAGCCCUAGAGAAUGUGGAAAGGAAGCAAAGAGAAGGAGAGUGGUAUGAGGCCAAGUCAUCUGAGGGCUACACCUACUACUGGAAUACAGUCACACACGAAUCUAAAUGGGUUGCCCCAAAGGUCUAUGUGUCACUAGAAGAACAAGAAGCCAAAAAAAUGGAAGAGGAGGAGGAAACCAAGAAACAAGCAAGAGUUCAAGAAGAACUUGAUGCUCUUCCUGAUCAAGUGACAGUGGGGCCUCUUUUGAGAGGAACAACUUCGACAACUGCAUAUGGCCGGUGGACCACAGUUCAGGAACUUCCCAACCUUGAUCUUCCUGAGGAUCCUCCUAUACCGUUAGAGCCACUUCCUGUUGAAGACAUUCCCCUACCAGAACCUCCCAAAGAGAAAGUAGAGAAGAAGCAAGAGGGUGGAAGGUUUAAAGAGAAGAGGGUCAAAAGUUUAGCUAGUGACAAUGACACAACAAAAGUGACGUUCAAGAAACGAAAGUUAGGAUCUGGUGCUCGCAAUACUAGACAGAGAGAAGACGAGGAUUGACAGUGAUCAAACUGUAGAAAUAAGUGAACAGUCUUAUAUUCCCGUUAGGUGACAUCAAAGGAGACCAAAGAUCUGUGAUGAUUUUCCAACUUCAUCGUCAGAAUAUGGAGACCACAGUAUGAUCUGCUGCUGAUCAAGUAUGAAAUAAAUAUUUUGUGAAGAUUUGAUUCAGCUGGUGUCAUUUAUUGUCAUCAAUCUCUGAUCAAACUUCUCUAUGUAAGAAUCUUUGUUUAGUGUUGAGGGCUCCUUGCAGUGAACCUUAAGCUGACUGGAAAUUCUGUCUCAGGAACCUUUGUCAGAGCCUGUGACUGCUCUAUGGAAUAAUAGUACAAAGGAAAGAAACACUGUUGCAAUAAAGACAUAUUUUAAUAUGAUUAUCAACAAGGUAAAACAUGGUCUUCACACACAACUUAUAAAUGGAGUAAAGUAUAUUAUCACAGUCAGAAAUUACAGAUAUUGAGUAUUGUAUGCCAGCACAGUCAGAUAUACAUGUUUACUAAGUGUGACUCAUGGGAGAGCUGGGUAAACAUAAAUGAUAUAUGAAUUGACUAAAAAUCUAUCAACAGCAGAAGAACAUCAACCGUUCAUCCACAGUUCACAUUUCCACACAGGGUGCAAAGGUGUGUCCUGUUGUAAGACAGUGUAUGCAUUUUCUUUAAAUAAAUACUGGUGUGUUGCA